GCUAAAGGCAACUUAUGCUUCGACAUAGAGAACGCAAAUCGCUUCGAGGAGUAAGAUUUGAGAUCAAUCUCUUCUUUGAAAAGUUUUAGAGAGCUGUAGUGGGCAGUAUUUUGAAUCAAGAAAAAACUUUCCCUGAAGUUUUUUAAGCAUUAAGAACGAACAGAUAGUAAAAGUGCCGUACAGAAAGGCGAGGAACAAGUCGUGACGCGAUUACGCUCGAACAUUGGUGUGUUGUACUGAUCUGAGAUAAAGUAUAUAUAUGGCAGCAAGUGGAUCAGAAACGCAAACUAUCGAAAACGUUGAUCUUAAAGUUGAUGAUAAUCCAGAUGAGGAUCAUAUCGAUAUCGAAAUAAAACAAGUUACAGAAGAAACAACUCCAUUAAAAGCUGAUAGUAACGAUGAGGAACUGGAAUUUGGAUUUGGAAGAGACGAGCCAGUCUUUAUCACAGAUCAGGAUGUUGCCGAUUAUUCGGAAUCGUCGAUGGAAAGAUCAACAGAACUUUCAGCAGACGCCAAAAAGGCAUACGAAGAAUGGAUCUAUGUAGACAUGAACAAGACUACCCACGAAGUGAACGAGAACUUGCUUCUUUUGAGUUCAGUUUAUGGAAAAGAUCAAGUAUGUUGUUGUGUUAUGUGAACUAGAAGAAGCAUUAAUUUAUUUCUUGAUCAAGUAAAUCCACGGAAGGUUCCUUGAUUUCCAUCGUUUAGAUUGCAAAACGUAGAAGUUGUGAAAAAGCGGUAUGAGAUAUAUUAAUUUAUUUCAUUUCAAAAUGACCUCAAAUGUCAAGAAAAUGAAAGUAGAUACUAAAGUUGCGUCAUACAUGGGAAUUGGGCCAGAGAAAGCCUUGUAUAUCUUUUAUUAGCGAGAGAAAGUAGAGAAAUUGUAAUAGGUACAUUUACUAUUAUAAAUAAGUACUUGCUCUUUAGAUAGAUUGUCAAGCAAACUCUCUAGGUUUUGUAAAAGAGGGCAAAGACUGGAUAGAUAAAGAUCUUAUGUUAACAACUGCUCCAUUGUUGUUCCUAUACAAAGCAUGUGACAGUACUCGAGAAUUGGUUGCGCUAAUGCUUAAAGCACAUUUGAUAUCCGAAAGGGGAGGUAUUAAAUCCUUUGAGGAUUUCAAUUAGGCAAUAGGCUUAUGACACAAUUAUUGGCUAGCUAGUUUCAUGGAAAACACAUGAUUUUACUUGUAACCUAAUAGUACAGUUAGCCCUAUUAAAUAAGUUUUCCUCAGGGUACUUACUAGUUUAUUUUAUUAACUGAGACCAGUACUUCAAGUGACUAAAUGAUUGGUUUAUUAGAGGUGCAUAAAAUUCAAUUAUAAUUUUCAAACCAAAUAAAGAGCAAUAUCAUGAUGAGAGAUAGGAGUGGCUCUGGUCACUUUAGUUACUGGGAUUCCCUGUGCUUUUAAAGAAAUACCAUCAUUUUUUUAGUGAAAAUUCUAAAUAUGUUGUAAGUAUUUGAGUUUGUCUGAAAAAUUAUUCCCUCUACUGGUUUUGCUUGUGACUUGAAUGCACCCAUCCUAAAACAACUGCCAGAACUAUUUAUGUAGAAUUUCCAAGAGGGUACAAUUUUCUAUCACAAGGGAAAUGUCAAUUCUGCUCAAUUAACCCUUUGACUCCCAAGAUCUGAUCAUUAACUCUCUCCUCUUGCUUCUAUACCUUUCCUUGUGAAUUGGUUACAAGAAUUUGGUGUUCCAUCAAGAUACUAUCUUGUACUUGAUAAGUUUGAGUAAUCUCACUACCUGUUUACUGGAUAAUGUUUGGAUACUAUAGGAAGAUGUUUAUCAUUUCUGGGAGUUAAAGGGUUUGAUAAUCAUGUUUAAGUUGGAAAGUAUAAAUCAUAUCUCCUUUGCAGCUUCAUCUGCACCAGGGAUAUAAAAUUAUUAUUUGAUUACUGAUUGUACCAGGGACAUCGCUAGCCACCAAAAAGAAACAUCCGCUUUGUCUAAGUUUUUGAAGGAACUAAAACUUUAGUUUUAUUAUGUACAGCAUCAAGUGUUAUUGAUUUCCACCUCCAGUGACCUAAUUAGGCAAUAAAUAUCAGCGGCCUGAUAAAAUUAAGAAAAGUUUGUUCAAAAUUGAUCAAAUUGUGUUACUAAGAUAGUUAUCUGAACCCUGAUAUGGAAGUUAUGGUGGUUUUAGGGAAGACUUUAGUAAAAUUAUUAUGUCUGUAGCAAGAAACCAAACCAGUAAUAGACUUUGAUAUUCUGUAACCUUUUUUGACAAUAACUUUAAACUGUGUUGUGUUCAUUGAA